CUCAAACGUUCUCGAGAAACCGAACGCGCCGAUGCAGAGAAGCGAGGCAUCGUGGCCAUCCCUGGGAAAGCGCGCAAACUCGCAGACGCGAUCACACCGGUCGGAACAUGUCCAGAUAUGUGCCCUGAAUUCGAGAGGGUUGAAAGAGCAGUACAAAACGCCGUUUGGGGUGAAGAAAAGGUGGGCAUGGGCAUAAUCGCAAGAGGGAGGCAUAUGACUCUGCCCAUCGAGACUCGCAUGGUCAAAACAUUCAAACGAUCUGAUGCCGGAAAGGGGGAGCAACUACCUUCGGACCUAAGACCUCCAGCUGUGCUUAAGCAGACCUGCGACUAUCUUUUCAACGACUUGCUGGCCAAUGCAACGAGUCUCGGACAGGUACAUCAUUUUCUUUGGGACCGGACAAGGGCAGUUCGCAAUGACUUCUCGAUCCAGCAGGUCACAAAAGUGGAGGAUGUACGCCUUGCAGUGGAGUGUUACGAGCGAAUGGCUCGCUUUCACAUCGCGUCGCUUCACCACUGCGCCACGGCUGAGCCUUAUGAAGGGUACAGUGCCCCACAGGAGCGAGAGCAACUGGACAAGACGCUGCUAUCUCUCAUGCAGUAUUACGAUGACAAUCGACAUCGCCUUGAGCUUCCGAAUGAGCCCGAAUUCCGCGCUUACUGCAUACUUUUCCAACUGCGAGCACCGGAGCCCAAUCUGGAGGAUCGAGUGCAAAGCUGGCCGCGGAAUCUCGCUCAGGAUCCUCGAGUGCAGAUCGCUUUGAAACUUUACGCCGCUGCGUGCAGUACGGAGCGCAGAGGGCCUUUUAAGAACUACCCGACAGCACCGGUCAUUGCCCGCCAAGAUUGGGAGCUAUUUUGGAAACUGAUUGGCUCCAGUCAAGUGUCGUUCUUGAUGGCAUGCGUUGCAGAGAUGCAUUUCGGCUCCGUACGGGACAUGGUGUUGAAGAGUAUUGUGCGGACGUCACGGGUUGGAAAGACCGUCAAUGGGAAGACGAGCGGGAGCACGGAUUGGACUAUGGAGGAGUUGUGGGAUCUUUUCAACUUUGACGAGGAAGACCAGCUGGUGGCCUUUUGUGAGCAAUAUGGACUGCAAUUUCAAAACCGUGAGGACGAUGGGAAAGCGUAUCUGGAACUAGGCUCA